UUGACCAAUCAAAACGUUAUCCCAAAUUGUUUCUUAUAUCAUGAAAGAUGGAAGUAACCCGCUGUAUCUCGGAGUUUCGUUUUGAAACGUAUUCGGAAACUCAUCGUUCCCUAUUUGAUUCGUAAAUGUGAAUCGAAAUCCCUCGGAUACGAAAGAACGAGGGCUCCUCACAAAUUGAGCUUCCCCUCUCCGGAGCGAGGGGAGGCAAACAAUCUGAACGUGCGAGUUUUAGGUUAUAAAGGCCAGCAUUCGCCAAUGUAAACAGCGACGAGGGGGGAGGGCGAUUACGCUGGUAUCCUCGAAUCUGUCUGGAAAGCGAGCCUUAUGUAUUGGAACAGGACAGUAACCGGCGCUGCACGGGAAGAAAUGCCUUUGAGCUCGAUUAGCCGUUCCACAAAUGCUUCCACCGCAACGGUGGAGGGCGUAAAUCCCGGCACGAGCACGCAGAUUACAUCGACCUGCUGCACUCCGCCACCAUCCUAUCAUAAUAUCAAUUUACCCCUCGGACAUCCCUCCACGUUGGCCAACGAACGUGGUGCACCACCCUCGUAUGAGGAAGCGAUAGAUCCUAAUGCACCACCGCCGUCCUACGAUUCUUUAUUUGGUCGUAUGAGAGAAGCCCGUAAAAUAUCCAAAGGCAUAUUUGAUUUUUUAAAAAAUAUUGUUGUCCUGCUCUUAGGCACAAUCGGAUGUACCAUCAUUCUUGGAGUAACGAUAGUGGUACCAAUUUGUAUGAUGGUGAUUGGUGGAUUGUACCUUUAUGAUUGUCCACAGGGUGAAUACAUUCCUGUAUACUUGUUAGUAGGUGGUGGAUUUGGAGUAUUUAAGCAAUUAUUAACUUUGUCGGCUAGAGUACGGCAACGUCAAGAAGAAAGAGAUGAGGAAAGGAUUAGACAAUCGCCUACACAAACUCUAAUCAAUUGUUUUAUGCUGGGAUGGUUUAUUAUCGGUUCUAUGUGGGUAUACAAGGAGUAUGAACCAAACUAUGAUCCAGCAUUAGGGAAGUAUUGCAAUAAGACACUAUAUUUAUUUGCCUUCUGGCUAAUUACGUCGGUCUACAUAUGCAUGGGUAUCAUAACGGCCGGCCUGUGCAGCAUUUCCGUAGCUAGUAUUGCGUUUCAGAGACCGCCGUCGGACUUGAUGUGAAAUAACGUUGUUUAGUCGCUUUGUGUCGACGUCUCUGAAAUGACGCUCAUCUACGCUCUACAUUUGACAUAAUCAGAAUGGUAUUUAUUGAACGAAAGAACUCCUAUUGUCUACACACCAUGGAUGAUAAGUGUGCACAAUUUUGCAUUAUAUACACUCGAUUUUUUUGUAUCGAGGUAUCAUCGAUAUCAUCAUCCCGCGUUCCUCCUUCUCGCUGAUCGAUAAAAUACAAACGGCUCAUUCUUAUAUUUAUAUUAACGACGAUCGAAAGUUGAAAUAUCGAAUUUGUACAUAGAUAUGUGCCGUAUAAACGGAAAAAAAUCUCAUUUUAGGAGCAAAGAGAGUCACUCGCCAAGAGCAUCAUUGCUCCCUGAAACGAGUCGCUUCGCGCGACAAAGUGCAAAUUUCGUCCACGUUUACGUACC